AAACAUCCAUUGAUUUCUCGUUUUUGUUAUCAAAAGGAAAAACUUAUUGGAAAAAGCAUUAUUACCUGUCAUGCAAUUGUCUGACAUACCCCGUCGGUCGAAAAAAAAUAAUUAUGUAUAGCUAACAGAAACUAAUUUCCACCUAGUGGUCACUAAACUUACUAUAGUUUUGCUAUGUACAAUGUACAACGUGUUUAAAGGGAACAAAACAACCCUUCCUUAAGGGAAACACUAAACAAAUCGAUACACCUGAGUGACCCACGUGCACUCCAUGGCAUAUAACAAAUGUAGGAAGUCCAGGAUAUAAACCUAUACUUUUCUUUGUCCAUUAUUAUACGGGCUGCACACAUGGCAUGUGCGCCUGUAGUUUUUCUUGAAUUCCUUACAAAAUAAACUACUUGAUUAAAAGUAAAACUAAAAGAGAAUCAAAAUCAAAAUUCAAAAAAAAAAGAAACAAAAACAAAAACGUUCAUAUUUACAUAAUGUAUUUGUUGAAGUUAAACUUCAAUUUAAAUUGUUUUGUGAUUUAAAUGAUUUAUAUUUUGUAAUAAUUUUAAAAUAAAACAAAAAUGGAUGGCUUCAAUAGCAAACAAUUUUAUGGACACAGCUGGUCAGAUGACCCAAAAUUAAGGACCACAACAAGAAACUAUGAAUUCAAGUACAAUUGUUCAGACCAUCUGGAAAGGGUGAUCAAUCGUGUGAGAAUGGAUCGUGAAAAAAAGAAAGAAUUAAAACUUCUUAGUCAAUUUGCGAAUAGUAACAAAUCGAGGGUUAUACAAAUGCCAACAACAACUAUCGAAACUCAAAUUGGCAGCUCCAAACCCCAAGAAACUGUUGUCAAAAUAAUGAGUGAUAAAGACAUUGAAGAGAUGAUCUCACAAUCAAAUGAUGAUAACUUGCCCAAGUUUUCUGGAUCAGUAAGGUCACCAAAACAUUUUAUACCUCCGAAAGAGUUUAAGAAAACACAAAAGCCAGAUGAAAAACUUCCUCAAAUAUAUAAGGAAGUCUUUCCUCAUCUUCAUCCACAAUGGGUUGAAAUUAAACCAAUUCAAAAAUCUGUAGCAAGUUUGUUUGAAAUUCCAAUUCAGGUUAAAUUAUGUAAUGCCGACGAAUCAUCAGAUUCUGAAGAGUAUUCAGAUCAUAAGGAUCAUGUAAGGACUACGUCACUGGAAAGAAAUACCACAAAGCUCGAAAAAAACAAAAGCAUCAGGAAGAAUCAUUAUCUUCAUUCACUUUCAUUUGAAAGUGGAAUGAGUAAUGAUUUUGUGAUACGUAAUGAAAAAUCUGAUAUUAAACUUGAUGAAAAUGAGGAGAGCGCUGUGGAUGAGGAAUCCCCUCCAGAAAGUCAAAUUUCACUGGACAUAGAGUCCAGUUUAAAUGAAUCUGAACAUUUAGAAAUGGAGCGUGUUUUUGAUCAAAUGAUUCCAUUUCAUUUACCAAAAAAACAUUAUCAAGACUUAGAAAGCGAAGAGGUGAGUGAAUUUAGUGAAUACUCAAAUCAAGAAGAUGAGGAAGAAAAUAAAACAAUUCAAGAUUCCAUCAAUUUAGGAAAGGAAGCCUCUGACGAUGAUAAUUCUACCAAAAGUUUGAUAACUAAGAGAGAGUCAAAAGAACAAGUUCAAAAAAUUGAUCCUGAGUCUAGGAAAGCCUCAUCCUUCAGAUCAACUAAGUCUUCAGCUCCCACCACACCAAAACCAUUUGUAAAAAGAUCUUCUAAACAACCAAACAAAGACAAAAAACCACUUUCUGCAAAUAGAACAACAACAAUGGUUUCAGAAGGAGUAAGAUCAAAUGUUUCAAUCGAUGAUCUGAAGAAAGAAAAAUUAAGAAUUUUCUCUAAAAUGACAUCAAUUCAAGAUAAUAUUAUUAAAAAUCUAGAUUCACUAAGAAUAAGUCUAGUUGAAAUUUCAUUACCCGAUGGUGACGUUGAGCAAAAACUUCGAGAAAGAAAUGCUUUAGAAUUCUCGGUUCGUUUUUCCAGAAAUUAUUUAUUUCCUCUUGGAAAAAUGAUUGAUAAUUUGCGAUUAUCACCAAAAGAAGAAUUUUGCAGUGCUUUGACAAAUGAGCCAUGUAUUAAAGUAUGUGGAAUUUAUGGAUUGCUAUGUCAAGCCAUUCAAUGUUAUCAGAAACAGCUUCGUCAUUUUUAUACAGAUUGUUUUCCGAAAAAACUCGAUACACUCUUGAAUUUGAUUAAAGACACAACAAACAUAUGUUUGGAGAAACGAAUAUUCGACAAACGAGAUAUUCUUAUUCAAGACCUGAUUUCUCGUUGUGUAAUGUUUUUAGGAUUCGUCUUUGAAAUGGCUGAAAGGAAAAAGAUUUACCAUAGUGAAAUGGCACUGCAAUCUGAUCGUAAAAGUCGAUAUAAAUUACCCAAGACUUCGUCAAAAUGGGACUUAACAAUGAAUUUGAAUAACCUCAAUAUGUAUGAACCAAAACUUGUCCCAAAAAAGCCUACAAAGACCCCACAAAAUAAAACUGCCAAAAUACCGAAUAGUCAAAGACCUAGCGUGAAAAAUAAGAAAAUAAAGAAGCUGAUUCCUAAAUAUAUCGUUGACCCAGUAGUUCCAAUGCCUUGCGAGGAUCUUCUUGAAACUCAAGUCCGAAAAGAUAAUCAGGUCGAUAGUGUGCAACUUAUUAAUGAUGUCAUAGCUGAAGAACCUGAUAGCGACUUAGCGAAAGCUGUGAUUGAAACUUUGCAGGAUAUAACAAAAGAUGAAGUUCAUCAAAUGUUCGGACCAAUUGUUUCAAAUUUAAAUUCGAUAAUAAAUUCUUCGGUGAGUUUUGAAAAAUGUUUUGAUCUUAUUGAAAGGUAAUGCAGUUUUGCAUAUUACAAAUGUUCGAAUUAUUAUUCUCAAACCGCUUCAUACAAAUACUGAAAAUUAAUAAAAAGCUAAAUUUAAAAUAAUGGCAUAGUUUGUAAGUCGGUUUUUCUAAUCCACGCAGUGGCCAACUUAAAGUGAAAAGUUACGGUUACAAUUUUUAAGUGGAUCUGUGUUUUUUCGUCGAGUAUUAGAAGUUAAGACUAAAAAAUGGCUGUCUAAAAUGUUUUGAAGCAUUUUGAAAUAUUAGCCUUUGUUACCGAAGGUGUCAAUUAUAUUUUUGACGGAUUUGGUUUUCAGAAAAGUAUUAAUUUAGUUGUUCCACAGCGAAACCAUUAGGAAGUGAAGGGUUAAGAUAUAAAAUUUUACAAUUUCUUAAAACUAAAAAGAAAUGCUGGGUUGGAAUCGGCUAAGGUGAUUGUUGACUAUCAAUUUUUUGAUAGUCAAAUUGACUAUCAUUUUCAUUCCGUCUGUGUAAGAUGAUUCAACUCAAUUCAAUUCGAUUGAACAAUUUCAGAUUCAAAUUGUCAAAAUUCGUUGUUGCCUUGGGGAAAUUUUAAAUUGAUUCUUAUAAAAUAUCUAAGUAAAAGUUUCAAAUUGGCUGAUUUUGAAUAAAAUUCUUACUUUUCUUGCUUUUUUUCGAAUGUCACAAGCUUUGUCAUUCACAGGAAUGUGUUUU